AUAUGCAUAACCAUACACACACUUAUGAAUAUGACUUUUGGCACUGUGAGUUACAGCCAAGCAUUUUAUCUAAAGAAGACAACCAACCAAUAGCACCAACCAAUAUAGUAUUGCCAUAGUAUUGUCUUCAGCUCUCAAUUGCAUGCUUGUUGCUCCAUGGUAAACCCAAUGAUGCCCGCAUGCCACUGCUGGUGGUCACAUGACACACCUAGCUUAACUGUUACUUGCUGGUUCAGACCAACCGCCGUUUGGACAGUGAGUAGGAGAGAAUAGGAGUUUUUGAUCAGCGAUUGCUAAAUUUAUCCAAACCGUGAGUAAAAAUAAAAAACCGUAUAGGAGGAGUAGUAUAGGAGUAAAGAACAACAUGGAUUUGAGUGAGAGAAGGAGAUGUCCGGCUGGACAGGUAGUGAAAAGCUGCAUAGAAGGUAAGACCAACAAGGAUUGGAUCAAGGAGUCAGGAGAAAGAAAAUCAGAUGCAGCAAAUGAUAAAAAGAUUUGCAGAAAUGCACAGACAAGUCUGGAUAGGAGCAUUAAAAGGAGAUGGAGAGUAGAGAAACAGACAGAAAAUAAAGAGAAGACCAUUAAAAGGAUAAAAAAUGAAAAAAGACAGAUUGAAAAAGAAAGCCAGGCAGAGAAAACCAGUGAAGAUGAGAAGAUUAAAAGGAGAAGAUUUGAAGGAGGAGAUAUAGAAAAGGAAAGCCAGGCAGAGAAGAAGACCAAUGAAGAUAAAAUGAUUAAAAGGAGAAGAUUUGAAGAAGGAGAGAUAGAAAAGAAAAGCCAAGUAGAGAAGAAAACUAGUGAAGGUAAGAGCAUUAAAAAGAGAGCAGUUGAAGAAGGACAGUUACAAAAGGAAAGACAAGCAAAGAAAAAGACUAGUAAGCUUGAGAGAAUUAAAACAAGUCAGGUUGCUAAAGACGAUAAAAAAAUCAAAGAAGACAACAGUAAAGAAAGAAAUUUAGAGCAAAAUGAAGGGAAUAGCAGAAGAUCAAGACCAGAAGACCUAUUAGAAGGUGGAAGCAUACAGAAGAGACCCCGUCUGGACAUUGAAAGACCUGCUCCCCUGGAUAGUAACAACUACAAGUUCCACACUGUACUGGGACAAGGAGGCUUUGGCCAGGUGAUGUUGGCUUCUUUUAGACCAAAUAAACAACUGGUGGCAAUUAAGAUCUUGAAGAAACAGAAGAACGACUGCUAUUCCAUCGCUAAAGAAGCUCGUGUAUUGAAGAUCAGCAGAGAAUGUGCAUUUUUAUGCCAAUCUCAUGCAACUUUUCAGUCAGAGCUUGAAGCCUUCUUUGUCCUGGAGUAUGCCAGUGGGAAAUCUUUAUGGCAAAUGAUUAUGCGUGAAGGAGGUCUGCCAAUGUCGACAAUCAUGUUCUACACAGCAGAGAUGGUGGUUGCCCUCCAGUUCCUGCAUUCUAAGGGAAUCAUUCAUCGUGAUCUGAAGCCGGACAACAUAUUAGUGGAUAAAGACGGCCACAUAAAGAUCUGCGACUUUGGCAUUGCAGAAGAGAACAUCUUUGGCCAGAGGAAGACCUACGGCUUAGCAGGAACCCCUGGAUAUCGGGCACCAGAGAUUCUAUUAAAGGAAGACUACAAUACAGCCGUGGAUUGGUGGUCUUUCGGGGUGACAAUGUAUGAAAUGGCCACAGGUGAAUUGCCAUAUUCAACAUCAGGCAGCAUUUUAAGGCAGCGAUAUAUGAUUUUGAACAAAACACCAAAAUAUCCAUGUUAUAUGAGCGAGGAAAUGCUGGACCUCCUGCCUAAGCUUUUGGAGAUUGAUAACACCAAACGAAUUGGACAGAAUGGGAACAUCAGGGAGCAUCCUUUCUACAGCACUAUCAACUGGGAUGAUCUGGAAAAUCGAAGACUGAAGACACCUUUUCAGCCAGAAAUGCCAUCUGCGGACGACUUAGAUGAAUAUCCGCUAACAUUCUCCCCUCAUAGUUGCGAUGGAAAGAAUUUGAAAGAUUUCUCGGAAGUUGAUCCCAACUGGAAUUGGCAGGAGUAAGGCAUUACCUCUGUUCUAACAUGGGAUACCAUCAUUAGUUGCUGCCUGUAAUAACCUGAGGCCUUUAACAUCUGUGGCAAGCUGCACCCCUAAACAACCAAUCCACCUGUUGUACCAAACCUAAACCAUCUCCUGUGAAUGUCAACUGGUUCUACCAUCAAAGCCAGCACCAGACGGGAUCUCUGACUGUAGCUUCUAAAGGAUGGAAAAUAGGAAGGUACUAUGGUAAGGUUACAUCUUGAAUGAAAAUUGCUAAAUAAAAACAGGUUAACCCCACCCUCCCCCAAACAUCUGCCUCCCUCCUAUUCCCUUACCUGUGAUUAACCCCUAUCCUAAGUGGCCCACUCCAGUGGCAUAACUAUAAAGGAAGCAGACCCCAUGGCCGCGGGGGGCCCGGAUCUACUUCCUUUAUACUGUCUCCCUCCUACUCCCUACUCCCUUAUCCCUGAUUUGCCUCUUUUUUAAUCACUAAACCACACCCCAAACUUCAGUCUCUCUCUUAUUCUCUUACCCAUGAUUGACCCCUUUCCUAAGUGGGUCACACCAACAGCAUAACUAUAAAGGAAGCAGACCCUCUGGCCGCGGGGGGCCCGGAUCUGCUUCCUUUAUACUGUCUCCCUCCUACUCCCUUAUCCCUGAUUUGCCUCUUUUUUAAUCACUAAAUCACACCCCAAACUUUAGUCUCUCUCUUAUUCUCUUACCCAUGAUUGACCCCUUUCCUAAGUGGCCCACUCCAGUGGCAUAACUAUAAAGGAAGCAGACCCCAUGGCCGCGGGGGGCCCAGGUCUACUUCCUUUAUACUGUCUCCCUCCUACUCCCUACUCCCUUAUCCCUGAUUUGCCUCUUUUUUAAUCACUAAACCACACCCCAAACUUCAGUCUCUCUCUUAUUCUCUUACCCAUGAUUGACCCCUUUCCUAAGUGGGUCACACCAGCAGCAUAACUAUAAAGGAAGCAGACCCUCUGGCCGCGGGGGGCCCGGGUCUACUUCCUCUAUAUUGUCUCCUCCUACUCCCUUUCCUCUGAUUUCCUUCAUUCAUAAUCACUUCACAAUACCCCAAACAUCUGCCUUCCUCUUAUUCCCUUACCUGUGUA